AAAAAACCCGUUCAGACAUUCGAGGCAGCAACCAGAACCAAUAAUUGACUGCCACGGCUGUAGCUUCACAUGCCAUUUUCGAACUUCCCCUUUACUGAUAUACACUUUCUUUUCUCCGUUUUCCCCCUUGCUUUUCCUCACAACUCACACACACAAGUUCACUCAUAAUUCUUCCCAUCAGCAUCAUCGUCAUCAUCAUCUCUCCCCUCCACCAACAUCAUCAAGAUUAUCAUGCCGAUCCUUAAUACGUAUCUAUGUAAAGGUUAGUUACAUUUUUAAUCUUUGGAGUACUUAAUUUUCGGUGUUCAGUAAUGAGAGUCCACAGAGUCAAACGUUGUAUUUUAUCAAAACAAAACCAUUAAAAGUUGCUGCUGCUACAAUUUUUCUUCCCAUUCCAUUCCAAAAUCAUUUUCUUUCCUUUUUCGAACCUUCUACUGCUCUACCACCGUUCUUGACUUCUUUUUUUAACCAAAAAUUGAAUUGGAGUCUUGGAUCAUUAUACCUGGAAGGGGAAAAAAUCUUACCCAUUUCCUCAAAUCAGACUUAGGGAUCAGAAGAUUGAGUUUAGGCGCUUAAAAAUGGUAACUUUAAGGAAAGCAAUCUGAUGCAAGCGAAGUAUCGGUUUUUCUUUACUUUCAAUCUUGGUUCCGAAAAUCCUUCCCUGUUAUCUCAGUUUAUAUUUUGUUACAUUGUUGAUGAUUUCAGCUGUAUUUGUUUUGAACCGACGGAUCAAGUCGAAAAUUGAGUGAAUAGUUGAAACAUCAAAGAGGGGUUUAGAGAAAAAGGAAAUAAGAAACAGAGGGUGAGUGAUAAUGCUCAAGCAGCAGAAUCGAGGGAUUAUGGAAAGGGACGAUUUUGCUCCCAAGAUCCGCAAAAGGGGCUGUUCAACAUCAUCAUCUUCGUCGUCCAAGGUCCAGAAUUACCGUUUCAAGCGGGCUAUUUCGGUGGGCAAGAAGGCCCGGGGAAUUGUCAGUCUUGGAGGGUCCAGAUCCAGCACUCCGGUUCCCACCUGGAGAAUCACACCCCUCAAGAGCGCCAUCGAUUCUCCCAAGUAUUCCCAGAAAAGUAAUGGCGGCGGGAGGUCCCGGCCACUCUCCGCCAGAAGGCUGGCCGCCACCCUUUGGGAGAUGAAUGAGAUGCCAUCACCCAAAUUGAGUGAGAAUUUGGAUGAGAGUGAGAAAAGAAGGAAUAAGAAGUUGGCUAUGAUGCUGAAGAAAGAGAAAUUACGCUCCUCUGUGCCACCUCAUUUGUCUGAUCCUUCUCAUAGUCCUGUUUCUGAGGUUGGAUGUUAAUUAUUUUUAUGGUAUUUUAAGGUUGUUUGUUUGCGUUCGUCAUCCGUUUCUACACUUUUGAUUUUGAAUAUAUUGCUGCUUAAACUAAGUAGAAUUUGACAUUUUGUUGAUGUGGACUGGUUUAAGUUGGUAAAAAUAGCUACCAGGAUGAUAAUGGAAGUGGAAGACAACGACACUUGAUGUUUCUCUAUCCUUCCUUGACUAAUACUUAGUUGUUUGAGAUAUAGUAUUAAUUUGGAUGGAAUGCAAAUCAUGAACUCUCUAGGCAUAAUGUUACUUAAAUUAGAGAAAAGAGAGGUAUUCUGAGCUUUAAUUGUGAAGUUUUUUGAGGUAUAUAUUUGUUGGUGUCAGAUCUUUAUUAUCACCAAAAUGAAAUCAUAAUGCAUUAUUUUCUAUUGAAAAGAUGAGCUUACUGCAAUUAUCCAUGUUCCUUCCUUCAGUAUUGGCUUUUUUUUUUUGUUUAUGCAGAACACUAAUCAUUGUUUACAUUUUACUCGUAUUCUUUCUAGUUGUAGUUUAUGAUCUUAAUAAUUUGUAUCACUUGUACAACUAAUGAGAAAUCUUUUGAAUGCAUAGAGGAUGGACCGAUCUGGAACGGGUAGUUACCAAAAGAGGUCAUCAACAAUGUCUCAGAGGCUUCGCCCAAUAGACCAUAAUGUUGGAGGUUUUGACUCUGUUAGCACUGCCAGUUUAAUGGAGAUUGAGAAUAGAUCUCGAGCUCAAACACCCAGUGGAUCAGUAGUUGGUGCAAGGAACCGUCUGAAGGAUGUGAGUAAUGCAUUGACCACAUCAAAAGAGUUGCUCAAAAUUAUCAACCGUAUUUGGGCAAAUGCUGAUCAACCUUCUUCUAGCAUGUCUCUCGUCUCUGCAUUACAUGCUGAGCUUGAGAGAGCUCGGCUACAAGUCAAUCAGCUUAUCCAUGAACAGCGUACAGAUCAAAAUGAGAUUAGUUACAUAAUGAAGUGUUUUGCUGAAGAGAAAGCUGCAUGGAAAACCAAAGAGCGACAAGCUGUUGAGACUGCAGUUGAUAACAUAGCAGGUGAACUUGAGGUAGAGAGGAAGCUAAGGAGGCGAUUUGAAAGCUUGAACAAAAAACUAGGACUGGAGCUAGCAGAAACGAAAGCAUCAUUUUUGAAAGCAGUCAAAGAACUUGAAAGUGAGAGAAGAACAAGAGAGGUAAUGGAGCAAGUUUGUGAUGAGUUGGCUAGGGAUGCUGGUGAGGAUAAAGCUGAAGCAGAAGAUCUAAAGAGGGAUACAGAAAGGGUCCGCGAAGAGGUUGAAAAGGAAAGAGAAAUGCUCCAUUUAGCUGACAUGGUACAUGAAGAGAGGGCGCAGAUGAAACUCUCGGGUGCUAAACAUCAUUUCCAGGAAAAACACACAGCUGUUGACAAGCUGAGAAGACAGAUUGAGGCUUUUCUUGGGAAAAAACGAAGUAAAGAAAAGAGAAGCAAGUCUCGUAAUUUAGGCAGCGAUGAAGAAGUAGCUGCAUGUUUAAGUAAGUCUCAGUACAGUUCCCAUCAGGAUGAAGAAAAAGAUGAUGGUGGAGAAGUUGAAGAUGCCGUGGAUGGUGAAGAAGACUCGGGAGAGAGUGAAAUUCAUCCCAUAGAAUUAAGCGUUAAUAACCACAGCAAGGGCUACAAGUGGGCUCAUGGAUCUACUAUGGGUCCUAAUUUCAGGAGGAUAUCUGUUGAUGAUCAAGUGAAGGGCAGGAAUUCUUAUUCGGGGCAGAUCCCUGGAAGGAGCUCGUCAUUGCAAAGAAGCACUUCUGAUACAGUUGAAUGGGGAACACAAGGUAGAAGUGUUCAGAACAGAGCGGAAGGGCUAGAUAGGGAGACAGUCAUGGAACUUGAAAAGCUAGGUCAGAGAAAGAGUUCAGCUGAUGAGUCGCAAAGAUACAAAGCCGUGAAGGGUCUAAGGGAACGUCUUUUAGCCAAUGCUCGGACAGGAUCAGGGAGAGAUUAUAUGAGCCCGACCAGGGAGGUGGAGCAGCCAUGGUCAUCACCACGAGAUCCUUACAGUGGUAUCCAAGAAAGAGCUAGUUUUGCUCAAGGUAAUGGUUCGAAGUCUAGGCUUGGUGAAAGCAGAGUUGGAGACAGCCAGUCUUCAAGAAGAUCAAGACAUUAAUGAGUUCAUAGUUUUACCGAACUAACGUUUGCAAAGGUUUUAUUCACGGGUUGAUAGGGGUGAUAUAACUGAAGGUGUAACAUCCUGUUAAUCAUGUGAUCCGUAUUUACGAGUAAUUCUUUUUUGCAGAAAAUGUUUUUAACUCUCGAGUGUAACUUCUUUCUGUACAGAAGCUUUUGAUUUUAGCUCUCAAGUCAAGCGUGAUAUUAAGUUGAGUGACAACUUGAUUAAUAUUACUGUAUCUCUCUGUAAUCUUUGAAUACGAGCAAAACCUUUUCAGCAUUGAGGGAGUAAGUCUAGAACUUUAACCAAAAUAAAUUUGAC